UUUGACUUGAACGGUACUGCAUAUGCUGGCUUUCAUCAAUCCUCUCUAUUAAUGUAUAUCUGGCAUGUAUUAUUUGUCUUUUCCAUUGAUUAUCUGCUAAAUAUUAUAGCAUCUGCUCUUUUAUUUUCAUUGUUGGGAUUGUAACAAGCCGCAAAUAAAGGUGUUUUGUCAUAAAGUACGUAUUAGAGUCCUCGUGGAAAUUCCCGAGGGAGUUCACCAGAGGGCAAAGACUCGAAGGCGUUUUCAUUUCUUUUCGCUGCGAGGAUGCCAUUUCAAGGAAUCCCUACCUGCAGAUGUAGCUAUGGCACCGUCCGAGAACAGCUUAUGGCGAAGCAUAGCUAAUCGUACAGCGACAGCGUCCAGACGGCCAUUUCCUUUAAGUUCUCAUACAAUAAUAAUGGGUAGACAUCUGAACCCACCAUUUUACUUCUUCACAUUCCCUCGUCUUAUUCUCCUGACUACAACUAUUAACUUAUUAUAUAUAUAUAUAUAAUUAGCUGCCUUCUUUAUUUAUUUUACUGUCUUUUAGUCUGCACACGAAUUAUAUGUUAUUAAUAUCUUUUCUUUUUUCGAUGACACCGGAUGGCUAGCCGGUGAAAGGAUCAACUAAAUUCACAGUAGCGACACGGUCUUAACACCACGUACUACAAACAACACACAAUUAACUCCAGCACCACUCGUUUGGGAGCCAGCCAUAGCUACCACAGUCGAGUGGCGGGACGAACUACGCAGAAGUUUACCGAAGACCAGCAACCUUUACGUCACAACCAAGAAGCAAGCACAAAGAAAUCAAAUCGGUUAACACUAGCUCGCAAAAACGAUAUUUGAUUUGGGACAACUGCAGUAUGCAGAAGCACAAACAGUUAUCUUUGGAAACAGUUAGUUCCUUCAAUGAGUUUGUCUGAUAAAUUACAUCUUGUUUUAAAAUAGUAAAUUCCGGGGCACCUUAGUACAAAAAUUUAGGUCAGAUCUUGUGGAAAUGCAACAUUCAACUUUAAAAUAUUCCCGAAGAAACCGCUCUGGAAUUGCACCAAAAAUUUUUUCUUUGAGUAUCAUUGUAGUGUAAGUCGGUAUGGGGUAUAUGCAAUACAUCUUUAAAAAAGCAGUAACUUCCGGUGUCAGGCUGGAUUAAUUUUUCCGCUAUUUAAUGGAAUGACUAAAUAGCCAUCGAACCAAUCCGACGAAUGUGCUGAUACAAGACUGUUAAUUAAGAAUGAAGAUUGUUUUUCAUAGAUGAAUUGAAAUUCCUGAACAAUACCCAAAGUAGAAAACUACAUGAAAUACUGCCUUUUGAGUCACACUGCGUGCCAAUUAGAAUAUCCUAUCUCAUUACUUCAUGCAAUUCCUCCCUUCCGAUACAAUUGAACAAAACCAAAAUUUGAGCGUCAUACGAUGUCAUUUUACUUCCCAGGUUAUCAUCAACUGCAGUGCGUACAACAUAAAACAUUUAAAGUACUAAUACACAAAAUUUUCUCACUGUUUAAUUUUUAGCUAAAAUAUGCCAACCACUAAUAUUAUGUAUUCCAGUACACAAAGAGUUGAAAGAUAGGAAUUACAGAUGUCAGUGAGCUUUUGGUAUAUAUAGCAAAUCUGCAAUAAUUCUCCAGAAUCAGUAAGAAAAGUCGGACAUUGGUUAGGUGUGUAAAAGAUAGGUAACACGUUUUACGUCCAAGCCGUGAAGAUUGAUGAUUCGGUGAAUAAAAUAAUUUGAGUUGAGGUUACAUAUUCAGAUCGAGUGGGAAUGAAGAUCAAGUGCAAAUUACGACGUAAUGAACAAGAUUUUUAGCUCUAACUGAAGCUACAAAGCUGGGAGAAAAUAUAAUUAUAUUCACCAUGGUAGGGGACUGCUGGAAGUUAUCUGGUGUCGGUUUUCUAUAAUCAGAGAUGGACCCAGUACUAACACCAGAGAUAAUACAUAUUGGCUCACGUCAUUACAGAAAAAAUGCAUCUAAACAGUGUUUUGCCCAGACGUUUCCUACAUCUAUCAGUCAGAUUGAAGAGAUUUCAGAUGCUGAAGAGGUUGAUGUUGAUGAAACAGACCCUGAAAUCUCAGAAUUAAGCAAAAAUAUCAUUAUGGUUGAAAAUGGAUACACUGCAACAAUUAAUGUUCCGUCGAUGUUUCACAAGUUCAUCAUUGGUGUUCAACACUCAAAGAAAAAACUAUUGGAAGAUGAAUUUCGAUGCAACAUUGAAAUCCCAUUGUUUAGUUCUAAUUCUUCAGUGAUUUCUGUUACUGGUUCUUCGAAAUUUAAUGUCUUGAGUGCUUGUCGUCGUAUUCUUUGGAUAGUAUCUGAUGCUCGUAUUCGUUGCCAACCAACUCACUUCAUAUGCUUACCAGUCGCAUGCCAGGUGGUAAAGGAAAACUUCCAGAAAUUCCGACAGUCUGUGUUGCAGGCUGCCAAAAAGUCUGCGGCUCACGAUUUUAUGGGUGUAGAUAGUUCUGUCUUUCAUUCAACGUCCACACUGCAUUUUACCCUAGUCACACUAGUUUUGGCUGACAAAUAUGAGAUCGAACAAGCUUGUGAUGCACUGGAAACAUUUUGUAAAUCUGCAAAAGGUUAUGAACUGUUUUCCCGGGGUCCUCUCAGUCUUACCUUGAGGGGUCUAGAGUAUAUGAAUGAUGACCCCGAUUCUGUCCAUGUGCUGUACGCUAAGUUAACUGAAUCACCUGAUGCACAGCGACUACAAGCUAUUGCUAAUGAGUUACUGAAUGUAUUCACUGAACAAAACUUGGUAAGCAAUGGUCCAUACCGUCCAGAUAAUUCUGUAAAGCUACACAUGACUCUACUUAAUUCUAAGUAUCGACAAGAAAGGGAUGGUCAAAAUGCAUCUUCAUCACAUGGAUUUUCGCCUAACGCUCGUAAACCGUUCAGCAUAACAGGGAUUUUGAAAGUCGCCGGGGAUUUUUGUUUUGCUGAAAAUCAGUCCUUUGAUCAACUUUAUUUGUGUGACCGAUUAUCGUUCGAUCCUACUACUCAAUUUCAUAAAUGCUGUUGUAAAAUCGAAUUUAAUAAUGCUUGUGAUAGUGAGUACGUACGUGUUGUAAAAGUAUAACCGGAUCUACCUUUGUAACAUUCAUUACAUCUCUCUUCGGAAAUCGAUCUGUUUCAUUCUUUCUUGAUUGGUUAACCACUGUGUCUUCUAAAUCCUAUUAUUUGCUUUUAAGUAAAUGUUUUAUAUCCAUUUUUCUAACUUUGUAAUUGCCUUAACGGUUGGUGGAUAAUAUAUUGGGAGAAUAAAGUAUAUCAUAAAUGACUCCA